AAGCUAGGUCACGAGGACACAUGGAUGGUGACGUCACUCGCUCUUCCCGGGGAACAAUCAGAGGCAGCGCGAGCUCCACUUGAAUGGAUUGUUGUCGGUGAAUAACUUUGCUUCUGGUUUCUAACCAUUAGCCCACCGCUCACAUUUUCUGCCGUUUUUCUUCUAAUAUUCGCGACUCCAAAUUGCACUAAAUGGUUAAUGAAGCACUUAACACCACUCGGAAAAGUGUUGGCAACAAACCCCUGAGGUCUGUGUGUGCGGCUUAACUUUUGCAAAGUGGGUGUCCUGGGAUCUGUUGGAAUCUGAAUGGACUAAUAUGAAGAGCCUGAAGGCAAAGUUUAGGAAGAGUGAUGCCCAUGAAUGGAACAAGAAUGAUGAGCGUCUCCUCAGUGCAGUAGAGCAUGGAGAAGCAGAUAAAGUCACCUCCCUCCUGUCGAAGAAAGGAACCUGUCCCACCAAGCUUGACAGUGAGGGCAAGUCUGCUCUGCAUGUGGCAGCCACACGAGGUCAAGCUGAGUGCCUUGGUGUCAUCCUGGCUCACGGGGCUGAUGUUUCUCUGCAAGACGCUUCAGGGUUUACUGCUUUGCACCUUGCUGCCAAAAACAACCAUCCAGAGUGUGCCAAAAAGUUGCUUCAGGCCAAGUGUGUGGUGGAUGCGGCGGACAGCUCCGGGAGGACAGCUCUCCAUCACGCAGCUGCCAGCGGAGACACUGUGAUAGUUCAGCUUCUGUGCGAGCACAAGUGUCAUGUCAAUCUUAAGGACUCGGAUGGCUUCACACCCUUGCUUUUGUCAGCUAGGCAUGCACACGCAGAGGUCUGCCAGAGUUUAUUGGACUGGGGUGCUAAUAUCAAUGCUAGAGACAAAGAUGGCAGAACCGCGGUGAUGUUGGCCAGUGAGAGCAGCUGUCCGGCCGCUGUCGAGCUGCUAGUGCAAAGGGGAGCUGACCUGCAAAUGGUGGACUCAUUGGGCCACGAUGUGCUCUAUUACGCCAAGCUGUCAGAUAGCAGCGAUGUCCAAACCGUUCUCAACAUGACCCUUCACAGACACCAGUCUGAGUCAGAUACGAUUUCAGCGAGAACCCCUCAGCAGGGUCAAAAGUUAAACGAGGACAGAAGCUCAACCCCCAAAAAGAGAAAAGCACCUCCUCCUCCUAUUAGCCCAAUCCAGUCGGCUGGUAUCAUCUCACCACCAUAUUCUACUCCAACUGAAUCUCCUUUAUCCAGCAAAAGUCAUUCAUCCAAAAGAUUUGAUUACAAGGAGGAGGAGCUGAAAAGUGCUGUACUGAAAGAAGAGAUCGAAAAAUUGCAUGAGGAAAAGAUCAUGCUGCUUGAGACCAUUGACGAUCUGAAGCAGAUUGUGGAGCAGACUGAGCUCAAGGCGAGUACUGCACAGCCCGAUAAAAAGACGGAUCACUCUGGGAAUGCAGAUUUGACGUUGAUUGAAACCCUGCAAGCAAAGAUAGCUUCUCUCUCCCUGGAAAACCAACAGCUUGCCCAAAUAAUAAAGAAACGUCCUGCUCCUCAAGGAGAGGAAGGCCAGGGAGGUUCCCGUCCGAACAGCAUUGAAUCUAACGCCUCGUACCACUCCACCCGUGCUGAUUUCGAGCUGUCCAGCGACGUGCAAAUCCAUACUGGUGACGAAGAGGAUCUUUCAGAGUUGUCUGUUCUGGACAUCAGCGAUUCAUCAUUCAAACCUGAGAUGGAGGAGGACACCAGGCUGAGUGCAGAUAAAGAAAUAAGACUGCUACAGGACGCGCUGGAGAAUCAGCAGGCGAAAUUUCUAGAGUCCAGAAUGGAGAACCGCCAACUUCAAAACAGACUCAAAACUGACUUUGAAAAAACUGAAGUUGCGUCUAAAAGCAUGGGUGAAGAUAUCCAAAUAUAUCAAGAAACUUUGCAAGAGAUAAAGAUGAGGGGUGGUUCUGUGAGUACACAAGACGACAAUGUGGUGCAGAAGUUUCAGUAUUUGAAAAGCUGCUUGGAGCAGGAGGUCAAAGAACUGAAGGGAAAGUUGGCCAUAUCGCAGGAGGAGCAAAAGCGAGAUGCUUGUUUGAUCAGGGAUCUUCAGGCUCAGCUCAAAAGUGACCGUCUAUCUGACGAAGAUCAUCAAGAACUGAAGAACACCUACAACACUUUGGUGGAGAACAUCAGUCAGGAGAAGGCGCUGUUGAUCGAGAAGUACAAGGAGUCUCAAGAAGAGAUCAUGGUGCUCCAGGAGGCUCUUCGUGGGACUGUACCGGUGGAGGCUGCUGCCAAAGACUUUGAGGAGAUGAAGGCAGAGCUCGGCGAGAUUAUCGAUGGGCUGCAGCGCCGGCUUUUGGAGCUCUCAAAGUCAUACAGUGAUGCCAAAAGCGAGCUUUGCACUGCCCGCAACCAGCUGCAGGCCAAAGCUUCAGUGCCUAAGGACAAGGCAGACGAGGUCUGUGUCACCAAGGAGGAACAUGAUCAGAAAAUUCAAGAGCUGGAAUUCAAGAUGAAGGACAUGCAGAAAGUAUUAAAGGACACUGAGGCAAAGCAUCAAGCAGCACUUAAAGAAAUAGCCCAGGUUAAACAAGACGCCGAAAACCAGGCUCAGUCGUCUAUAGCCAUUGAAGACCACACUCAGGUCGUGGCAUCCUUGGGGAACGCCAUCAAUAAACUGGAGAUGGAAGUUGAGGCUAUUCAAGAGCAGCUCGUCCAGAAGACUUUGCAGGUGGAUGCUUUGCAGAACAGACUAACAGUUGAGAAGGAUGUAACUCCAGAUGAUUCAAUAUCCCGAAUGGAAUAUGAACAGAUGGGGGAGAGGCUGGAGGGUGAGAUAAGUCACCUGAACCACCUACUGAAGGAUGCGCUUAGGAAACAGGAUGAGAUGGCCCUGGAUGUUACCGCCGCUUGGCAGGAGGUGAAGGAUGCCAGGAAUGAGAGAGAAGUAGUGCAGGAGCUGGCAGUGUUCAGGGAGCAGGAGUGCAGUGCGUUGAAUACCAAGUACAGGGAGGCUCAGGAUGUUGUUAUCCAGCUGAAGAAGCAGGUGGAAAACCAUGUGAUAUCUGAGCGAAAGAAAAAUAAAAAGAUUGAUGAGCUUUCAAAGGAAGUUAUGAAGUUAAAGGAUGCUCUGAACAGCCUUUCACAGCUGUCGUACACCACUAGCACCCCUAAGAGACAGCAAAGCCAGCAGGUGGACUCGCUCCAACAGCAGAUCAAACAACUGCAAUAUCAACUUGCUGAAUCAAAGAAACGUCACCAUGAAAUUGUCUCAGUUUACCGGAUGCACCUUCUUUAUGCUGUCCAGGGCCAGAUGGAUGAAGAUGUGCAAAAGGCUUUGAAGCAGAUACUUGUAAUGUGCAAAAUGCCAACCGAGGCCAAGUGAAGGAGCCAGUAUUACAGUUGUUCAUGAACUGCCAAAAAACUUGAUCAAAGGAUUUUAUCUGAGAACUAAAGUCCAGAAUCCAUCAAUCAAAAUGACACAUGUAGUGAAGAACUGCAGUUGAAGUCACCAUUGGCUUUCCCCUGAUAUUUUGGAAAAGUAUAGUUAAGUUGAGUAAUUUACGAAAACAAUUGAUCUGUUCACAAUCUCCAGUUCACACAGUGCCAGAUAAAUAAACACAAUCUACAGUCAACGAUUUUCUGUAAUCUCUUUUGAAAAUUUUUGUACAUUGUCAAAAUAUAUAAUCAGUAUUUGAACCUGUUGUGAGGUAAUCAGUUUGCAUUGACAUGGUGUACGUUUGUCUCCAUAGAAGUCCAUUACAAUGCACCUUUUACUGAGUUUUCUUUUUCAGUUGUGGACUUUCCAAAAUUGCAGCCACCUGUAGUAUCUGCAUGCUGUAAAAAGUGAAGUGUUUCAGUGUUUGUUCUAGGACAUUGUGACCUUUUUCUGAAGCGUUGAAUUCUCCAUUUUUUCAGGGUAGGUGCUUUGACAAAAUGCCCAUGUGCCUAAUACACUUUUUUUAGUCACUUGUCGGUCUUUGAUGCAGCAUUUACCUGCCAUUUCUAGGACACCUGACGGGUUGUGUCCAUGUGCCUCUGCUCAUUUUAAACGCCAUAACAUUUCAAACUGCACUAUAUUUCUUUUGCAUUAUGCUUGGUCCAACCAGGUUUCUGCACUAAAUCAUUUUUGUGAGGAGUGAGUUAGCCCUAGCACUUCAGUGUAGUUGUGGUUUUUACAAAUAAGGUUUGGAAAGGAUGAGAUGGUAGUUUUUUGAAACAUUCAGUGUACAUGUACUACAUCAGGGUUAGCAUAAACACACUACCCCACCUUAGGCUUUGCAAGUGUUAAAAAAUAUAGUAGCACUUGAAAACAUGCUAUUCACUUGUAGAGGAUGGUGUAGAUGUUAUUUUAUCCAUGAACUAAGGUCUAGCUCGGUACCUGGUUUAGGACAGUUUUGUAGCUUUUGAAUGAAUUCAAGGGAAACAUAAGAUAUAAACUUGUUUGUAUGGAGCAAAAUAUAGCAGAUUUUUGUAUGAAGUAUUGCGUGGCCAUUACAUAGAAAUAACAUUAUUGUGUGCCGUAUUUGCUUUUUCUGAUCGGUUCCAUUGCAUUAUUAAAAAAGUUCAUUUGUCAUACAUCAUAUAGCCCCAAUUGCAUCAGAAAAGAUUCAACAAAUAUCUGAUACCAAUUUAAGUCUCUGAAGUAAAGAUUUUUAAUGCAAAAAUAUCAUACUACCCUAUUGAAUUUUCAGAUAUUGUUAUUGUGUUCUUAUAAAUGUCAUAUGUCAUGAUCAGUUCAUAGUCAACUGAGGUUUCAAAUGUAUUUGUUAAGUUAGACAACAUGUUGUUUGCCAAGUAUUUUUUGCCUGGUUAUUAUACUUAUGAAUUGGUUCUUAUUUGUCUUCAAUAAAAUUAAAAAUAAAAAUCGAAAUAAAAUGGGGAUUAGGAGUGAGUUCAGUUGAGGUACUUCACUGUAGCGAAGUUCAAAUAAUGUAGAAAUAUUACAAAUUGUUUAAGGCUUAAGUAAGAACAUUUUGUGCACUAAAAUGCUUUCCUGGUAAUGAAUCUUAAUUUGUAUUCUAAAAAUGUGAAUACAGCUU